CCUCGACACUCAGCUGGCUUAGAGACAGGAAAACAGAGAGAAAAGAAGAAAUUACUUUAUCUGAGGUUGUUAAUAUGGCGGACAGACGGCAAACGAGGAACCAAAUCCGGGGACCACAGUCGGCGUUGACCGAUUUCUUGGCUUCCAACAACAUCUCUGCCGCGCAGAUCAGCGAAGAUUACCAAAGGCGCGUUAGAGCUGCCGAGCGCACAGCGGUCGCAGAGCAAACGCCAAAUCCUAUCGAACGUAAUGAUUCCGAGGGUACUAGCGAGUCACCCGAGCAGCGGAAAAAGCGCAAGCGGAAGGAGACAGCCGCGUUAGCAAAGAUAAAGCAGAGCAAAGAAUUCGCACGUCGGAAGAGUCGGCGUACAGGAGAGCCGGGAGAUGAUGAUGAUUCUAUGGCAAGGGACAUCUUGUCCGAGCAAUCUCGACCACUGCCCGGUCAGCUGGAGAACUGUGAGAUAUGCAGCAAACGGUUUACUGUCACACCAUAUAGUAAGACAGGGCCGAACGGGGGUCUUCUUUGUGCCAAGUGUUCCAAGGAUCAAGCGGACGGCGAUAAGAAACCCAAGGCGAAGAAAGCCGGAGCGAGGAUUGGUCGUCGCCAGAAUCAGAGCAACCUUCUGGAUGGAAAUGCCCAGCAAGGUGCCUCGACUUUGGUCGAGUCGUGCAUUAGGAAAGUCGCGGACAAUAUCAACGAUAUCGAAGAAUUCGGAGACUUGCCAUCCUCGCUGCUUCACCGUCUCAGCCAGAUAUUGUCCAAGAGACGGGCAUUGACACCAAGGACUCUCAAUCUGUUCCUCCGUCGGGAACUAAGAUCCAUCAACAUCUAUGAUACCGCCAAGCUUGAAACGGAUGAUUUCCAGAAAAUAUUUACGUUCAUGCCGGACUUGAACAACGUCAAUCUUCGAUUUGCUAGUCAGCUCAAGGACAGAGUCUUAGAUUAUACCAUGGACCGAGAACUCAAAAUCGAGCAUCUCCAGAUCGAUUCUGCCAACCUUGUGUCGGAUACGUGUUGGCAACGGCUAUUCGUGAAGCUGGGACCAGAUUUGAAAACCCUCAAGCUGUCCAACCUCGAUAAUUCGUUUAAUGACGAGACCGUGGAAGUCUUGUCCAAAUGCUGCACGGGGCUCAGACGGCUGAAGCUCAAACAGUGCUGGAAAAUGGGCGAUGGUUCGCUUCAGGCCAUUGGGCGGUUAUCGUCGUUAGAACACCUGUCUCUGGAUUUCAUCCAGGAGACGGAUGCUGAGAAACUCCUCGACAUGAUCGGCCAAGUUGGUCCGAAGUUACGAACACUCUCCUUGGAAGGGUUCCCGACUGCAGACGAUCGUAUUCUCGAAGGAAUCCACAACCAUUGUCAACACCUGACUAAACUCCGAUUCACGAAUAAUUCCAACUGCACGGACAAGACGUUCUCCAAGCUUUUCACUGACUGGCCUAAUCCUGCACUGGAGCUCGUGGACUUUUCCUCUACACGAGACGUGGACAAUUCAAACGCAGAUGGGCCUGCGGAUGCAAUUGGACUUGCCUCUCAAGGGUUCGUUGCACUGAUGAACCAUUCUGGCCGUGCCCUGCAGAAGUUGAACAUCUCUUCUUGUCGGCAUAUCUCCCGUGAAGCCUUCGAAGAAGCAUUCGCAGAUGACCGAGUUUACCCCAAACUACGGGAGCUCGAUGUCUCGUUUCACACCAUUAUGGAUGACUAUCUCAUUGGGCGCAUUUUCCGAUGUUGCCCCUCGCUUAAGAAACUGGUCGCCUUCGCCUGUUUUAAUGUACAGGAAGUUCGAGUUCCUGUUGGGGUUGCGUUAAUCGGUGGAUUGAAGGCGCAGGAACGUAUUGCUGUUGAAGGGGGUCAGAUUUGAAGGGUCUAAUGACACUGGAAGUGCUUAAUUAUGCGCCGUUAUAGUCAACGGGUGUCGCAGUAUCAUGGAAAUAGAAUAAUCUUAGUAACAAAACUCGCCUCCAG